AUGUCGCUGCUGCGAAGAGCUGAGACGUGUUUCGCCAAUCAGCAGGUCAACAAGCUUCUGAACGCCUUCGUAUGCCCCCGCGAUGAGGGCACUUUGAUCUCGGAACAUACUUCGAAUCUACGAGACGCAGAUAAACGACGAGAUAGAGGUACAUCCAUCAAGGAAAGCUUAGGCAAAGCGUAUCUGAUUGCUCUCAUAGGUACACCAAAGUCUGCCAUUGAUGGCUGCUUAAUAGCUGUGAAGGACAAUAUAUGCACAUCUGAAGAGCCGACGACAUGCGCGUCCGCAAUUCUGAAAGGCUUCCACAGCCCGUACCCGGCCACGGUAGUCGAAAAGCUCAAACACGCUGGGGCAUUGAUCGCUGGAAAGACCAAUUUAGAUGAAUUUGGAAUGGGCUAUACUCAAGACGGAGGUUCUCUGUCAGCUGGUGGAAGCUCUGGUGGCAGCGCUGUAGCUGUUGCUACUGGGCAAUGUGAUGCUGCAUUGGGCACAGACACCGGAGGGUCUGUACGCCUUCCAGCUGCAUAUACGGGUAUUAUAGGCUUCAAGCCUUCGUAUGGCAUGGUGUCCCGAUGGGGUAUCGUGGCAUAUGCAAAUUCUCUUGACACUAUUGGCAUACUAGCCAAGGAUAGCUCCAUGGCAAGGAAUAUCUUCGACGCGGUCGAAGGCUUCGACUCUCGAGAUCCUACCUCCAUACCAGUGAGCACACGCUCAAGGAUUGCGCAACAAUUGCUUGAACGCAAAGCAAAGCAGGGCUGGGGCGACACACCUUCGGUGCGCAUAGGUGUCCCAAGGGAGUACAACACUGCAGAGCUCCAACCGGAGGUAAGAAGAGCCUGGCUGGAAACAUUGCAAGGUCUUCGGAACCAGGGUCAUACAAUCCACAUGCUGUCUUUAGCCACCACAAAAAUGGCUCUCUCAGCAUACUACGUGAUAGCACCAGCGGAAGCCUCUUCAAAUCUUGCCAAGUAUGAUGGCGUCCGUUAUGGCAACAAAAACUCGGCCUCGGAGCGGGCCGACAACGUUUUAUUCGCGUCUACACGGGGCGCUGGUCUUGGAGAAGAGGUAAAGAGGAGGAUUCUUCUCGGUUCCUACAGCUUGAGUGCUGCGGCAAUCGACAAUUACUUCAAAACGGCUCAGAAAGUGCGCAGGCUAGUACAGAGGGACUUCAAUAAUGCCUUUGCGUUAAGUCACCCCCUCCUAAAACGCCAAGAUGGGUCUGGAAGUGAACCAAAAGUCGAUGUUAUUUUGACUCCCACAGCGCAAUCGUUACCGCCAAGGCAUAGUUCUCUCAAAAAUAAAGCCUCCAUAGACUCAUAUAGUGUUGAUUUUCUUACGGUGCCAGCAAGUCUCGCUGGAAUCCCCGCUCUGAGUCUACCAGUGUCAAUCGCAGGACAAGAUGGGAUUGACCAGAACGCGCCGACUUCAGUGGGAAUUCAGGUAAUUGCGCAAUAUGGCGAUGAGGAGAUGGUCUUUGCCAUGGCUCGGUCGAUUGAGUCACUGAGGGAUAUAAAACAAUUGAGUUGA